AUGUCCAAUAUGAAAGGCAAAAACAGGGCAAGAAAAAAGGGGCAAGUGGAGGGCAAGGAGGAAUUUACUUCUAAUCUACACCUGGACACCCGUCCAAUCAAGGCAAAAUCCCCAAAGAAUGACACUGGGAAGGCAACACAGCAUCUGGACAUGCAGGUUGCAAAAUGCAAGCUUGGGGUAGCAUGGAUCAAUUGGCUAACAACAACUCAUCACCUUGAUGUUGGGAAAUACAACAACAGGCCUGAAGUUAAACUGGAGACUAGCAAACUGAUUGUGUCAUUUAAAACUUCAGAAAUAGUGUCCAUGAAGGACUCCUCAGCUAUUCCUAUCAUUAUCAACAAGAGUAGCAUUGAGAACAACUUGGUGUUUGCUUUGGGGUUCAAUAACCCUGAAGCUGUUCCUCACUUGAAAUUGAACAACCACUCAGAUAUCAUUGUAGCUUCAGGGCAACACAGAAUAUCAGCCAUGAAACAUUACCGUGGAUUGAUUGAGGAAGAAAUGAAGUCAUACCAGAUAAGGCGUGGCAAACUCACAAACCUAAAGACCCUCACAGAUGAAGCCAUCAAUGAGCACAAUGCCCUUGGCGAUCAAAUUGCUGAAUGUAUGGGCCAGUUGGACGGGAUGGGCAAAUGGGGAGUGAUUGUAUAUGACAGAUGGGACUUGACCUUUCUGCAACACUACCAUGCUGACACCAAGAUUUCUUAUAGAAAAAUUACUUGCCAAGAACAAUGGGCUUGCAAAGCACCUUAG